AUGUCUUUCAACAACCAACGACGUGCUCUUCGUGAUAUUACCAAUACUUCCACAGGCUCGAUCCAUAACUCGAGUAUGAUGAUGAUGAUGAAUGGAUCCUCUCAACAAGCUCCUCUCAAAUCCAACAACUUGUUGAAUACAAGUCAUAGUUCUCAAUUGAAUCAAUCUCUCCUCCCUAUUAUGAAUCAUCAUACCAUGAAACCUCCUCGAGAAUCCAUGAUUAUGAAACAACAACACACAUCUUCUCAUCAUGCAAAGAACAAGACAAGUCUACUCUCGAAUAAUAUGACUUUAGGUUCCACCACUCUCAAUGCAUCAUCAUCCAACACAUCCAACACAUCCAAUAUUCAAUACAUGUUGAAUGCACUUUAUGAAUUCUUCUCUCAAGAAAAUAUUUCAAUGGAAAUUACUCCAAAAACCUUUCGUGAAGGUGAUACUUUUAAACUUCGAUAUUUUUUGAAUUAUUUAUUCACCCAUUUGGAUCGAAAUAUUUGUGUACUCGUUCCAACACCAAGUGAAGUGAGAGAAUUGGAAAAGAAGAAUACGAGUAGUAGUGGUGCUAGUGGUGCUAGUGGUGGUGGUGGUUCUAAUACUACUACUACUAGUGGUUCUAACUCUUCCAAUAUGGAUGCACUGAAUAGAAGAAAGACCAUGAUGAAUCAUUCAUCCUUGAGUAUGAUGACAAUCAGUGCAUUUACUACUUCAUCCUAUUUCAACAAGGCUCCUUCCAUUUCUGGACUCGAUGAAGAUUUAAUUAUUGAACUUGUGGAUUUCUUUAAACUUCCAAUAUCCUUGAAUAAGAGACAUUUUACCAUUACACCUCAAUCGAGUCGAAAUUGGCAAACCAUGAUUCAAGUACUCUUUUAUUUGACUGGACUUGUCAAGUAUAGUCGAGAACGAGAAAUGAUUGAGAGAGAUUUAGAAUUACAACAAGUUUCAAUCUUCUUUUCUUUCUUGAGUGAUAUGUAUGCACCAUUUCUUGAAGGUAAUAAUCGAGAAAUGGAAAGACUGUUACAAGAAUGGAGAAACAAAUUCAAUAUGGAUUGUGCAAGAUCACGAGAGAAUUUAACUCAAUUGAAGAAUCUUCAUGAAAGCAUUAAGAAUCGAUUGAAUUAUUUCAAUACACGACAAGAUCCAUUUCAUGAAUUAGAAGAAAAGAGAAUGGUAUUAGAAUCUCAAUUUUUAAAUUUGAAUGAAUCUAGUCAACACAAUGAAGAGAAAUUGAAUCAAUUGUUACACGAUCGAGAAAUUACAAAGGCUAAACUUGUAUCCACCAAUCAACAAAUUGAUUCAAAAAAGAGAGAUAAUGAAGUUUGUACAAGACAACUCGAACAUCAAGAAAUUACUCCAUUGGAAGCACAAGCACUCUACAGGGAGAAGAGUACCUAUGAAGAAGAAGAAGAACGAAUUCUGAAACGAACCGAAUAUACAAGAAAUCAAGUCGAGAGUGCACAACGACACUUGUCUCAAUGCAAUGAGCAAAUUACAACACUCACUUCUCAAUACAAUUCCAUUGUACUCAAGAUUGAUCCAAAUUUGAGACUCAUUUCAUUGGCAUCUAAUAAUGCAAAAUGGAGAAUUGAUGAUUCAAAACAAAAGAAGGCUAUUCUGAAACAACAAUUCACGACUCUUCAAUCUCAAAUUCAACAAUUGAAUGAAACAUUGACACAGAAAGAUGAAAUGAUUCAAGUUUUGAAUGAACACUUACUGGAUGUGAAAGAAAAUUUAACACAAGAGACUAUAUCUUUUAAUAAUUUGGAAUCUCUCCAUGCUCAAAUCAAACAGCAACAUCAAGAAGAAUUAUUUGAAUAUGAUCGAAGGAUUAAGACCAUUGAAGAACAAUCUGUACACAUACAUGCUGAGAAGAAUCGAUGGAAACAAGAAUUUGAAAAUACUGAAUUAUUAAUUGCUCAAUUGGAAGAAGAAAUGCAACGAGAAGAACAAGAGCAAAUUGAGCAACGAAAUACUCUUUUCAAUUUAUCUGUGUUUGCCUUACAGAAAGCAGCAGAGCACAAGGAAAAUGCCAAGAAGAUUAUCAAUGCUACAGAAAAAACAGGAAGCGAAAGUUUUGCUGCUAUCAGACAGUUGCAAAUUAUGUAA